AUGAGUAUACUUAUAUCUUCGCCGUUCACAAAUCUCUCCAAUCAUACACAUUUCAAUGACACAACCACAUCAGCGAUACCUUCAUGGUUUCGGCUUGUCACGCUGACAUGCAUGAUACUAAUCGACAUAAGUGCAUUUCUUGGCAAUCUGCUUGUGAUCUGUGCUUUCUUUCGCACACGACGUCUUCAAACAGUAACGAAUUAUUUCAUUGCGUCCCUAGCGUUUGCUGAUGCGCUCGUUGCGAUAUUCGUUCUUCCUCUCGGUAUCUAUUGUUAUCAACGGGAUCGUUCAUGGAAGCUCGGCUUGAUCUUGUGUGAUCUAUGGGUCUCGUCCGAUGUUCUACUAUGUACAUCGAGUAUAUUGAAUUUAGCGUGUAUAUCCGUUGAUCGUUACAUGGCAAUCACAAAGCCAUUAACAUAUACAGCGUAUAGAUCAAAAUUUCUUGCUCGUGUAAUGAUUCUAUUAGUAUGGAUUGUUUCCAUUGUCAUUACAUGUCCGCCUAUAUUUGGUUGGCGUGAUAAAAAUCGGCGUCAAACGGUGGAAGAACACCAUCGAUGUGAUUUAAACAGCGCACGGGGUUAUGUUGUGUACUCUGCACUCGGUUCCUUCUAUAUUCCCGGCGUUGUUAUGAUUUUUGUUUACAUACGCAUAUUUAUGGUAGUUUACGGCCGCGAGAAUUUAAUUAAAAGAUUUCAUAAUAAUGCCUCGCCUGUUAAUAACAACUCAACAUCAAAUCUAAUAGCAAAGUCGAAUGCAAGCAAUGCAGUUAACGAGAUGCCAGUGAUUGCAACUCAUAAAAGCAAAUUUCAAAGAGUUUCCUCAUGCUGCUGCUUUUGUCUCUCGGCAAAGCCACCAGCAUUAUCUCCGUACAUGUGUUCCGAACAAAAACAAAAUGGUUAUCUGAUCUAUCGUUUUACUACUAACAACAACAAUAAUAAUAACAACAACAAAUACAGCAGCACUACCAAUUCACCUGGACAGAGUCCGACGACUCUUUCGAAAACUUCCUUGUUUUGUCGUCCAUGUCCAAAAGCAGUCAAAAAUAUGAGUAAUGGCUCGGACGAUAUUUAUCCAUACCGUCGAAAUUAUUCAGCGAACAUGUCGAGUGAUUAUCAAGUUCGAGCUGAUGAUAUUCCAUGUUAUGAAUUAAAACCUCUCGAAGAAUCGACUUCACCGUUAAUGAAAUGUCGAUCACGUUCAUUCGAACAUACAUCACUAAGUAAAAUACGUGAUUUAAAUUCAGAAUUAAGCCAUAGUCGACAAUUGAAAGCUGCUGCAGUGGCUGCAGCUGCAGCCAUUUCGGGUACAAGCAAAAUUUCACAGCCACGUUCGAACGACUUCGAUCAACAAAUUGAUUUGUCUAAUAAUAUCUUCUCAGCAAUGACGGAUAAUUCCCGUCCAACAGCACAAUCGUUACAUGAAUUAACACAAUUACCAUUGAUACAAGAUCCACUGAAAUAUCGUAAAACUGCGCGACAACAUCUCAAUGUUUUUCCAAUGCGAGCACGAGCGACAACAAAUCCGCCGAAAGUUCAAGAAACGAUCACAGCUAGUCCAUCAUCAUCACCUUCACUAAAACAAAAGCAAAUCAUCGUGGAACCAACACGCAUCAAUCGCCGAAUCAAAUCAUCUCGAUCAAUCAAUAGUUCACCAUCGGCAAUCCUAAUAGAAAAUAUGAAACAACAACAUCGCAUCAUGCGAAAUUCGUCAAUCAAAUCAACUCCAUCUUCUCGAUCGCUCGUAUCCAUACGACAUAUCACUCAAUCAAGUGAAAACUCCAAUGAAACUAAUAGUCAAAAGUCAAGAGUGACCUGGUGUUGCUGUUCAUGUUUCAACUCAUCUACCCAAGCCAAUAUGCUCUCACAAACGGCGGGCAAACAAGUCUUCGUUUAUACACCGAAUCAUUCAUUAACUAAUGAUGAUGACGAUGAUGAUAAACUAUCCUCGACAGACAACGCUACUCGUGCACCACUGUAUGCAUGUGUUCCGUCAUCAUCAAUUACACGUGUGAGUUCCAAUGGAACUGUUGCUCCCGGUGACGUUCAUCGUCGCGAACGUAUUCGUUUUAUGAAAGAACAGAAAACAGCGAAAACAUUAGCCGUCGUCGUUGGUGGUUUCAUUCUUCUCUGGUUGCCAUUCUUUAUCAUGUAUGUUAUCCCACAAGAGACGCACUCGUUAAAUCCCCAAACCGUCACAUUGAUAACCUGGUUAGGAUAUUUUAAUUCAGUGAUCAAUCCGUUUAUUUAUGCGUAUUGUUCCAAACAAUUUCGCAUGGCUUUCUGGAACAUCACAUUCGGUCUAUGUAUGAAACGAUCAUCUGUCCUAUCACCAUUGACGAAUAAAAACAAGCAAUUACAUCAACGUCGGAUGAAUGCAUAA